AUGGUCCCGUUCACGGCUACGAUAUCUGCAGAUUCUUCCGUUUCUCCUGACGCCACGGCAGAGCUUCCGGUGGUAGCGCAAGCGGCGGCGGCGACGGACGUCCCGGACGUUCUAAUGAUGGACAAUGACUUCGGACACCUGGACGCAGUCAAGGCGGCGCAGAGUCAGUAUGAGGAGGCUGAAGCGCAUUCCGGCGAAGACCAGGAGGCGAAUACGCGGGAUCUAGGGAUGGCGCCGCAACAAUCUGAAGUGCAUUUCCACGUCCAGACGGCUUGGAGUGCGUUCGUGUCUGCUCUCGCGGCUGAUGACGUGGCGUCGGCCUCGUCUAUCCUGUUUGGUCCUGAAGCUGCGACGCUCAUGGCUCCUGGUGCUGGAAGCGUGACUCUUGCGACGGAACAAGAGAAGGAGAACCUGCUCAAUGUAGCCAUGGCGACCGUCACCAUCCCCGCCGCUAAGGCGUCGCUCGCGCCCGUCGCGCGCAGCGAGAACAAGUCAGCAGGCGCCGCGAAGAGCGUUCUCGGUAUCAUUCUCGGCGGCGGUGCCGGCACUCGCCUCUACCCGCUCACCAAGAAGCGCGCCAAGCCCGCCGUGCCUCUGGGCGCCAACUACCGCCUGAUCGACAUCCCCGGCACGGCGGACGCGGUGCGGCAGUACCUGUGGCAGCUGGAGGAGCAGAACGUGCAGGAAAGCAAGGCUGACUCGACUUCCCCAUCCCCCUUUCCUCCCCUCCCUCUUCCCUUAAACACGGCCCCACUUUCCCCUCCACCCCCUCUCUCCCCCUCACCCCCGGCACGGCCUCCCCUUCUCCCCUCCCUUUCCGCACUCGCGCCGCCCCCCGUGGACACGACGAUCCUGGGCCUGGACGCGGAGCGCGCCAAGGAGAUGCCGUACAUCGCGUCGAUGGGCAUCUACGUGAUCAGCAAGGACGCCAUGAUCCGCAUGCUCGCCGACGACUUCCCCGAUGCUAACGACUUCGGCUCCGAGGUCAUCCCCGGCGCGUGCGCCAAGGGCGCCAAGGUGCAAGCGUUCCUGUACGACGGGUACUGGGAAGACAUUGGAACCAUCGAGGCCUUUUACAAUGCCAAUCCCGACAGCAGACUCACUCAGCUCCAUUCCCUUUACUGUCAUGUCUCGUUACUACCAUACCACCACCACCAGGUCCAAGCGUUCCUGUAUGACGGGUACUGGGAAGACAUUGGAACCAUCGAGGCAUUUUACAACGCCAACCUCGCCACCACGCAGCCCAACUCGCCCUUCAGCUUCUACGACCGCUCUGCACCCAUCUACACCCAGGCGCGCUACCUGCCGCCGUCUAAGCUGCAGAGCGUGGAUAUCUCAGAGAGCGUGAUUGGCGAGGGGUGCGUCAUUGAGGACUCGCAACUACACCACUCGGUGAUCGGCCUUCGCGCCAAGAUCGGUGCAGGGUCCGUCAUCAAGGACACGCUUGUCAUGGGCGCUGAUUACUACGAGACGGAGGAGCAACAGGAGGCGCUGAUAGCCAGUGGUGGCGUGCCAAUUGGCAUUGGGAAGAACGUGGUGAUUCACAAGGCCAUCAUUGACAAGAAUGCACGCAUCGGGGACAACGUGCAGAUUAUCAACAAGGAUCAGGUGGAGGAGGCAGCCCGGGAGACGGACGGCUACUUCAUUAAGAGCGGCAUCGUUACAGUCAUCAAGGAUGCUGUGAUUCCUCCCGGCACCAUUAUCUAG